GCCCGAGUUUUAUCUGCUCACGCUGUCAUCGCUGGUGCCCAGUGGUCACCAACCUUACCCAUCAACUCAAUUAGUGAGCCGCUGACUUAUUAGUCAGAGUUUCUUCGAUCGCAGCUGAUUCGGAAUCCGAUUCCGAUUCCGAUUCCCAGGCCAACUCCAGUUUCGCCUGAAACAAAACCACGGUGAGCUUUAAGAAAUUCUUUCAUUCGGUUGUUUGUCAUCGUUGGGUCAACUUGCCUUCGAAUCCGAUCCAAGUCGCGCAUCUCUUAGUUUUCGUUUUCAAUUUCGUCUCGGAUCUUGGGCUAUUCCGAUUUAUUUUGGCCGCGAAAGAGAAAACUUGUUUCGGUGGCGCAAAGAUGGUGAUGUUGCUGUGUGGAAUGAGGAAAAAUGUGUCGGUCUCGAGUGUGUUUGAAUGUGUUAAAAUCAAUUAGCAUACCCCAUGGGCUGCUGCUGUUGCAGCUUCUGCUUCUGCCUCUGCCCUUCUGCGGCGCCUUUGUGAAUGAAACCUCUGUUUUCGGGCCCGAGAAGCUGCAGGCCUUCAAGAUCUUCGACGAUGAGCAGCCCAGCAAGAUCUCGGGACGCAGCUUCAUCUGUGUGCCGCUCUUUCGGGUCUUCAGCCUGGAGCUGAGGCACAAUAUUCGGCUGGCCCCCGAUGAGUUUGUGGCUGUGAGUGGAGAUCAUCCGACCCUGGGCCUCUGGCAGCUCGAGAAGGCUCUGCCCCUCAAGGAGCAGGACAAGGCGCGCACCAAGUGGUAUCUGAGGGUUUGGAUAUGCGCCAGCCAAAGAUUCUACUAUCGAUACGUGAUAUUUUCCAAGAACAGCCAAGGCAAGCGGAUCCUGAGGAGCUGGGAGGGCCAGAGAGUGGCUCGAAUGCUGCAGACCUACGAGAUCUAUCGCUCGCCGGGUCUGGACAUACUCGGCGAAGCCUACCCCAUCUCAGUUGGUGGGGGUUUCUACCUAGAGCGUGGUUGGUUGCAGUACGAGUACGUAAUAGAGUUGAAGUUCGUCUGGCAGGAUCAUAUUGCUAUAUCUGGAAUGGCUAGUAGUGCCAAGUACCGGUUGAUCUUAACACCGCUCAACUUAAUAGACGACACCCGCAUAGAGGUCUCAAGAUAUGCCUACAAUCAGUCAUCGUUCAGAGCACAGAACCAACGGGGAGUGCGGUACACACAAGGCUCCAUUGUUGUCUUCCGGAUUUAUCAGCCGCUGGACACCUACAAUGCCCUUCGCUUGUCCAUUUAUCAGGUAUCAAGAGAUGUCCAGUUGUCCUUGGGAGAGGCGUACAUAUUUCCGGAUCAGAUUAAGGGCAGUCGUGGGAUUUUGCAGGUCCCCAUCUUUGCGAGCUUACAAAACUUAGCCAUUGGGGAGAUCACCCUGCCCUACUUGGUGGUUCAACCCAUGCCAAAAGUGGAGGCGGGAAAUCUGAGAGCCAGCUUCCAUCACUACUGGCCGGAUAAUUGGCCUACGCUGGAUGUCGGAUAUCGAGGCUUGGGAGCCAGCUACUUCCAAUCUUCAACCAGUCUGACGGAGAACACCAUCGAAAGUUAUCUGGCAGUGCUGAAGGCCAAGGGGGAUAUGGUCCAACUGGAUGUGCAGCUGACCAAGGACUACGUUCCUAUAGUCUGGCAUGGUUUUGGAUUCUACACCUCGGACAGAGAUCGAUCUGUAAGGGAUCGUUUUGACCUACGCUUUGUACUGAUACGGGAACUGACCUACUCGGAACUGAAAGCCAGCCGCGUGUUUAUCCUAAAGCGUUGGACCGUCCAGGAAUACACCAAUCUCAAUGUUAAGGAUGUCAGCCAAAGUCGCAGAAUUUUCCCCAAACUCUCGGAGAUUUAUGAGGCACUACCAAAUACGCUGGGACUUCUGGUGGAGAUUAAGUGGCCUCAAAUAAUGGCUUCUGGUGUGCCGGAAUCCACCCAAAGCUUGAACAAGAACAUCUACGUGGACAGGAUUCUACAGACCACAAUUCAUCAUGGGUGCGGACGUCCACUAAUCUUCGCCAGCUUUGAUGCGGAUAUAUGCUCAAUGGUCAGGCUGAAGCAGCAUGUCUUCCCUGUGAUUCUAAUGAGCAUUGGAAAGUCCCAGAUUUGGGAUGAGUAUAUGGAUCUGAGAACCCAGAGUUUCCAGCAAGCCAUUAACUUCGUUCAGUCCGCAGAAAUUUUGGGAACAGCUCUGCAUGUGGAGAACUUUCAAAACAAACACCAGCUAGUCAACUUGGCCUUGGAUCUGCAGCAAUCUCUCUUUUUAUGGGGUAACGAUCUGCAAGAUGAACACCUUCUGGAGCAAUUUCGAGCGUUGGAUGUGUCAGGCCUCAUCUACGACCAGAUGGAUCGAGUGGGUCCGUCCACCUGGAAACGGUCAGAAUUUUUCCGAGCUCCUCAACUUAUGGAACUAUUUGGAGCUCAAUGCAUUAGCAGUGGAAACUCCACGACCGUUCCGGGAAUAAAACCAGCUAAGCCAACCAUUUGGCCUAAGUUGAGAUAGUGCUUGGGUAAGAACAGUAAGAAUUUAUAGGAAAAUAUUUGUGAAGGAAGUACGUUCUGUACAUAAUCGGACUUUCAUAGUAAUCUAAGUUAAUACUUAUAAGUUAUACAAAUUAACGAGUGGUAACCAAAGGCUUUAGAUACAAAAGGAAUAGAAUACGGUGCUAAACUUAAGUUUUUCAAAACCAAAAUCUUCUUAUGGCUUAGGUUUGGUAGGAAUUGUGCAAAUUUAUUGUACUUUUACCCUUUAAGUAAAGUAGUAAGUAAGAAUUAAAUCAAAGUUCAUACGUAAG